AUGCUAUCGUUUUUCCAGAUCCCGAGGUAUAACGAAGCCAUAGAGAGCAGUAUGAAAAUACUACUGUACAUCGCGAUUUAUGUACUUUUAAUUACUUUGAGUUCCACGAAAAGCAACAGCAGCAGCAACAAAACCCCUGGGAAAAAGGUAUUUUUAAAAUUAAUUAAUACAAAAUUUUGGAAUUUCUAUUUGUAAAAUUUUGGUCCAUUGCUAUGACAGAACCAUCAAAUCUACAGAACAGGCUUCCUGAUUACCGUAAACUGCGCUGACAAACUCUAGGCUUAUAGAUCUUCGCCAGGGGUUUUACGAGGGACAAUAAACGGAGGGGCUUAUAUCUAUCUUAUGUAUAUUAUAACCGGCCGGACUAGAAAAAUGGCCUCGAAACAAGCUACUUCACACUAGGGGACGGCUUACAUCCGGGGGCUUGUAAUCGGAAGUAUUUCUUUGUUUACAGCUAGAUGGGCCCAUAACUGAGGGGGCUUACAACCAGCAGUUUACUGUAUUCCUCUGUUAAGGGAUAUGUUUGGUCAGUAGCGAAUCCAAUAACUGGCCACAUAAAUGAGUUCCUCUAUAUCGGGGGCUCCCGAAACCACGACAUCAUGUCCGCCAGUCAGAGAAUUAACUACAACAACUAGAGGUAAUCAUUGAUCACGGAUCCGCGUUCGUCACUUACGGAAACGAAAUCGAGUCGGAAGGAGUCCAGUUUUCCGGCUUGUGAAGCAAGCUGUAAAGCUCAAGAAACUUUGCUCAUUAUUAAUUAAAAGUGAAUUUUCCGACCCCUGAGUUUCAGUUUCAGCCGUUGAACGUCCGACGUUGGACGUAGGCCUUCCCCAGUGACCUCCACUGGACCUCGUUUUGAGCGACGCGGUGCCAGUGUCUUAGGAAACUAUCAAAGACUUCACUCCAUCUCGUCCUUGGUCAUCCCCGGUUCCUUGUGUGGCAACCUCACCUGAGGACAUAUAAAAUAUCCUCUCUCUGAAGGCAACAACCCCAUUGUUAUUUCUAAUCCUAUUUCCAAAUGACACGUCGACGAUAUAAGUGACAGCGACAACAGGAAAGAAAAAAAAUCAACAAAUAUUAUCAGGCUUUUUCUUUUUUGCGUUACCGUCUCAAAGCAGUUAGUCUGCUGAUCUAUUGACCAACUAAUGUGUUUAUGCUCCUUAAAAAUAGUGUGCAAACCAGACUUCAUUUGGGUCAUGUGGUCAGAGUACUUGCUUCUGCGCACCAGGAAUUCCAGGGAUCCCGGGAAGUCCUGGACCCGCGGGAUCUCCCGGAAAUCAUGGACCUGAAGGACCCACGGGCCCAAGAGGUAACAAAGGUGAUGAAGGAUCUCGUGGAAAGCAGGGACCUAAAGGAGAUACAGGACCCUCGGGUUCGACGGGUCUACUAGGAAGCAAAGGUGAACAAGGUGCUCGUGGUAUCCAAUGUCCCCAGGAAAAUCCUGGUUCUACGGGUGCCUUGCAAAGUAACUGGAAACAGUGCGUUUUUAAGAAUUUAGAUAACGGCCAAGACACUGGUUUGAUCAAGGUAAACAAUCAACUGAAUUAUAGUUCUGAAUGUCAUGCUUUUUGUCUUCAGAUAGAGCCUCCUAGGUCUAGCAGAAUUGUGUUUCAUAACUCAUUUACUACACAUAAUUAA